AUGAAGGAGAAUGCCGAUAAGCGGAACCCCUAUUAUCUAAGUAUCGACUAUUGGAUUGAAAUUAAGAAGGGACCUAAUAAUAAGGAGUUCUCUUUACUCUUCGGACUAUUAUAUAGUAUAAUUUAUAAGGAAUUUUUAAUUUUAAAGAAGAUAUUAAAAGAUUUAUUAGAUAAGGGGUUUAUUAGGGCGAAUAGUUCGGAAGCGGGUAUAUUAGUACUAUUUAUAAGGAAGUUGGAGGGUAGCUUCCACUUCUAUUGUAAUUACUAG